AUGUACUUCCUUGCCUGUCUUUCACUCCUGGAUGCUGUUUAUUGCAAUACCAUCUCACCCAAGUUGAUUGCAGAUUUACUCAAUGAUAAAAAGACCAUGUCCUUCACAGCUUGUAUGGUCCAGCUCUGUGUCAAGCAUUUAUUUGGUGGUACUGAGGUUUUCUUUCCGGUGGCAAUGGCCUAUGAUCGCUAUGUGGCCAUCUGUAAACCUCUGAACUAUUUGACCAUCAUGAAUCGACAGGUGUGCAUCCUGCUAUUGGUAAUGGCCUGGACUGGAGGAUUUGUUCACUCUUUCCUUCAAAUUCUUUUUGUUUAUAACCUUCCUUUCUGUGGUCCCAAUGUAAUUGGCCACUUUAUGUGUGACAUGUAUCUAUUAUUGGGGCUUGCAUGCACUGACACUUAUUUCAUUGGUGUCACUGUGGUUGCCAAUGGUGGAGUGAGCUGCAUAAUAGUCUUUAUCCUUCUCCUAGCCUCCUAUGGAAUAAUUCUAAAUUCUAUCAGAACUCAUAGUCAAGAAGGGAGACACAAAUCCCUGUCUACCUGCAGCUCCCACAUAAUGGUAGUUGUCUGUUUUUUUGUUCCCUGUAUUUUUAUGUAUGCCAGACCUGUUUCCAACUUUCCUAUAGAUAAAUCCAUUUCUGUUUUUAUACAGUUACCACUCUGCUGUUGA